AUGAGCAUGGCCACCAUGUUCAUCAAGGGUGCCGAUGUCUUCAACCAGCCCAUCGGCCUUCGAACAGACCCUUGGGCAUGGGGCACCUCCACUGUUCUUUCCAAAUCUGAGCUGUUCGUUGGUGCAGUCUUUUCCCAUAAGCCGCCUUGCCCGGGCAGGGAGCUUCCUCGCCUAAAGCCAGCUCGGCUGCAAGCGGUGCCCUUCCAGGGGAAAUGCCCACGCUGGAUCGGGAUGGAUGUCAGGCUUGCCCAGCGGCACACUUCACGCCAGUCAACGGGGAAGUCUGCAAGCCAUGCGGCUUGCUCUACAUUGCCAUGGAGACCAUGUGUGUUUGGUGGCCUGUGCCUUUUUCUGCCGUGGUCAUCGUGGCAGGGGAUGUGGCAAUGCGACUCUGGGCAUCCUACAGUGGAAGAAGCCAAGGUUGCUGAGGUGAUGGUAAGCUUCUGUGUGGAACUCCGGGUGGAAGAAGCCAAGACAAUGGAGCACUAG